GUCUUAACGAAAGUGGGAGAUUUGAGCUGAUCUCUACUGUUCUUUGUCCGCGUUGUUACAGUCCUUUUCGUACCACCUAUCUCAUCCGAUUUGUCAGACUGUUGAUCAUUAGUCUUUCAUGUGUGGAGGGUGUAUUCUGUCGUCAUGUGGAACUACAUAAGCAGCGUAUCAGUGGUAUAAUGUACAUUGUACCACUAAUUACUUUGUGGUACGUACCACAAGGUUUGUUUGUUAGCUAAUGAAAACCUGGAAAGAUAGGGUGAAUUUUCGCUAUUAUGCUCAGCCUUUUAUCUUUUGUUUUUGGCUUAAAAAUACAUUUAAAUCAAAUCUAGGUAAAUUAUCAUUUUCGCCAAUGAGGAAGCAGAUCCAAAUAUCAUUUUCACAAUUUCCGGUUGUCAUAUUUGUGAGUCAUCUGGAAUACUACGUAACCUCCCUAAUUGAAACGUGUGGUUUUCUUACAAAGACCGCCUCUCGAGUUUCGACUUAGAGGUCCAAUCCAUAAGGCAGUGGAGCAACGUUCAGAAGUGUCGUCUUGUGGCAGCUAGUGGCUAAAGUUAAAUAUAUAUGCCAUUUUUCCUUCAUGACCCUAGAGUCCAUGAGCACUAUUGACUUGGAAUCAAGGUAUUCCGACGCCUCCGUAUUCCACUAACCCGGUGUAAACGCCCGACAUUCGUUUUUCGUCCUCUUAUUUCUGUAAACAACGCCUCUGCUGCAUGUUAGUAUCGAUUUUGGCUUCUGUGGUAGUGGGCAUAAACACAUAACCAUAUAAGAACAUUUCGAGAUAGAGCGGAUUCUCUUCAUCUUAACCCGUUUUGGUGUUGGGGGUGGGGUCUUACUUAAUGUCAAGCUAACGCACAACAAAUAUCCCGCUAACUUACUCAUCAGUUGUAGAAGAAUGACUGUUCAUCAAGAGUGGCAGUACAAUGAGUGUAAAACACCAAGCUCUCCAUAUUCCUUAUUGCUUAAUUUUCUUAACUUCCGAUUUGUCCACUACCAACUGAUGUUCUACUACCAUGUUUUCUAUUUUAGCCUUCCAUCCUCAUCGAGUGGAGUAUCACUGAUCUUACACCUCGGCGUCUUUGAGGUUGAUGUCAAUCCUCUCGAAAACUAGGUUUCAUAUUUGUACCACGACCUUUUAAGUAACACAAGAAAUACAUAGAUCGAAGUCGUCGAUUGAUUUUCUUUUGAAAAUGGCCAAGAAGAAAUCAUCACUUGUUAUAACUGACCCAUCUGCAAAUCAAGGUUAUAAUGACGGAAAGUUUGAUAAAGAACCUUCAGACUUUUGUAAUAUUUGUCUUCUCAUAUUUCUCUACAUUUUGCAAGGAAUUCCUCUUGGACUGUCGUCUGCAGUCCCUUACUUAUUACAAUCAGAUCCAAAAUCGGCUAAUUACCAAUCACAAGCAGCUUUCUCGUUUGCAUUUUGGCCAUUUUCACUUAAAUUAGCUUGGGCUCCAAUAGUAGACUCGUUGUACAGUUCACGUAUAGGUAGACGAAAGACUUGGCUUGUUCCCGUUCAAUAUGCUCUUGGAAUUAACCUACUUAUUAUCGCGCUCUAUGUUAACCAGUGGUUGGGGCGUACACCUGAUAACCCAUGGGGCCCAUUAGGUGUGGUGCAUCCAGUGGAUAUUUCACGCUUGACUGUAGCUUUCUUUGGACUUACUUUUCUUGCAGCUACACAAGAUAUUGUAGUAGAUGGAUGGGCACUUACAAUGUUGUCUAGGAAAAACUUAGGAUGGGCUUCCACAUGUAAUACAGUUGGUCAAACAUUGGGUCAUUUAAUUGCGUUUGUCGUCCUCAUGUGUUUAGAAUCACCAGAUAUUUCUAAUAAGUAUAUACGAUUGACUCCUGUUGAAGGUGAAGGGCUGAUUACUUUUUCAGGUUUUCUUUAUUUUUGGGGUAUUGUAUUCCUGGUGGCAACCACACUUGUUGGAGUUUUUAAGAAGGAAGUACCUCAUAAUCUGUCCGUUAUAUCAUCUGCUCAUUCUAAUCAACUUGAUAAUCAUUCAAAUGGUUCGGUAGCCUAUUUAAAUCAAACAGGAAAUAUCGAAGGACAGUUAUCGUCUAGAAAUCGUAUCGCACAAAUAAAUAUAAUUGAUAAACAAAUUAGUUGUGAAUCCACUCGAAGUCGUUCACGUACUCCCAGUGGUUGGAGUCGUAUUAUUGAAAUUCCUCCCGAUGAAGAACUGAAUGUAACUGAGUCAAACAAAGAAUUGUCAUUAUUUGAUACCUAUCGUUUUAUGUUAGGUAUUUGUAAAUUGAAGCCUAUUUUACAAUACAUAUUGUUAUUAUUCAUUGCCAAGGUAAGUAAUUAUAUAUACAUUGGUUUGUAUUUGAUCUUGUCCCACGAAAUUCGAGGUCAACAAAUCAAAGAAUUUUAUCUUGUAGUACUGAUUUCUGUCCUAUGUUGGAAAAAGAUUUAUUUACUAAUCCUUUUUUUUUACGUUAAUACUCCAUACUAGCUCAACUUACUACACAUCACAGCAGUACCGGAAAAAGCAUUCCAAAUGUCACAAGCAGUUAUUAUGAUCUAGGAUUCAGUGUAUCUACUAUAAACUUUCGUAAAUAACGAAAGCGCCCUGUGUCUUCGAAGAAGAGUAAAGACGAUUGAGCGAAGAAAAUUUUGUUUUUGAAAAUUUCACUUACUUAGACUUUAUAAUCGUAUUUAUCGAUAAUUCGUUUGCUAGAAACGACAGUCCGUAUUGCAAUAGAAUGUUAAAAAAUUGAAUUGGCAUCGUGUCGUAAAUUGUUUACAAAAAUCAGAUAUAGAAGGGAAGCUAUUCAAUAAUCCAACAGCGAAUUAAAAUUCUUAAUAAUAAAUAAUUAAUAGUUAUGAAAAGUACUGGAAGGAAGUAGAAGAAAAACUAUAGAUUGUGAUAGAAAUGAUGAUUAAAGCCAUCAUAGGAUUGAAGGAUGGAACAUACUGUUUCUAUACACAAAGGUUAGUGUUGAAUUAUUGGAUAGUUAGUUAUAGCCUCUGCUGUAUAUUUGUAUGUAUGAAUGAUUUUGAAAAACUGUUCUGGUGAAGCAGAAUGUCCAAAAUUGACUAGACGUCCCAAAACUGAGCUUUUGAUUGACUUUCGCAAUCUUUUAUAUAGCCAGGUAAGAUGAUGUUAGAUGCGCUUUGAACGAGCGGGCAAUAUAACCUGUUCUAUGUGAGCGAGUAAACUGUUAGCCUAAAGCGGGAGCUUUUCCUUUAGAUAUGACUUCGAUUCCAUCACGAACUUAAGUGAUUGAUAGAAAUUAUUAUACGUGUCCAUGACGUCGUUAAAACUAAUAUUUUUGUCACAAAUAAUAAAAGUAUCGUCUAAAUGUCUUUUUUAUGGGAAGAGACUCAAUUAUUAGUUGCAAGAUAAUGAUUUCGAGAUUGGCAAUAAAAACAGCUAGCUAGAAGUGGACCAAGUGGUAACCCUAUCGCUACACCCUCGGUCUAUCUAUAGAACUCAUUAAAUUUGAAGCUAACAUCUUGCAGCGUUCACACUCUCGGUUGACGACAUUUUUUAGAGCACUGUAAUCAUUAGCUUUACCUCCGACUUAAUUUAGACACAUAUCGAAUGUUAAACAAUGAUGACUUACUGAAUAUCUCAGUAAAUACUCCACAAAAUAAUCGUCAAAUGUACAUGCCAUAAACGCUAAUAGGAAUAACUGGAAAUCUGUUUGUUAUCUGACAAAACUUAUAGGACGUCGCUUAAACUCAUUUGAGAAACUGUCCAUGUAGUAGUUGUUUUUUCACCUUAAGUAUCAGGUUUGUAGAUAUUGCCACCAACACAUUUUAAAAAUAAAUAAUUGAGCAACUAAUGUUUUUUUUCGCAUCUGUACCAAAUGUUUAAUUUACAAAAACUUAGUAUUUCAGACAUUAGUUGUCGGUGUACUUUUGCCCGUUUGUGUACAUUGUUAUUUAUGUGAUUUUAGACCUAAUUCAAGGUAUUUAUUUGUAUUUUUAUAAUUAGGUUUGCUUCUGUCCUGCAGAUGCGAUAUCUGGACUAAAGCUAAUCGAACAAGGUCUACCAAGAGAGAAACUUGUUUUCAUUGGGGUCCUACUUUUACCACUUGAAGUGAUUCUACCACUGCUUAUUACUCAAGUGACAAAUGGACCGAAAUUAUUAAAAUAUUAUACAUGGGCUUUUUUACCUCGGUAGGCUUUUUUUGUGUAUAAUCGUUUUUCGAGUGUAUCUAUGUUAUAAAAGUCAAAUAAACAGGUUCUUGAUUUGCACAAAGGUCCACAUGAUUGUGCCUUUAUUAUGAGAAUAUGUGUAUUUUCUAGUCCUAUUACUGAGUAAUUUGUCUAAAUUAUUUGUAACAUUGGUGACCUUUUAUUUACCGAAUGACACGGGGUUCAUUUAAUAACAAUCAAGACCCUAAUGGCCGUUAGUCCUCGAGCUUCUUCCCACCCGUUCUCCAAUCAGAAAAUGGAGGUAUCAAGGCGAUUAAUUCUCUGUCGUACUCUAUCCAAUCAUGACUCGAAAUCCAUGCAGUAAUAUACUCGAAGGAACAUACCGAAUAGAAACAAAAAAUUACGAUGUAUACGCAACUCGGCCGUUACUACCUUGACGCGGUGGUCGGGCUUGCCUAUCGUGAUGAAACAACCGAGCUGUACUGGCUGGAACAACCGUUCCUCAAGGUCCUGCCAUGUCAGACAGGUCGGUUGAAGAGCGGUAAGACUAAAAGCAACAAACCCAAGGUCCGAAGGCGAAGUCGUACUGCUGACUGUACAGAGGUGUGACAGCAGUAAGGUGUUUCCUUCAGACAACCAGCAUGACAGCGAUGCUGCCUUCCCACAAGGAGGGGUGGGGUUAGAAAAGGUCGACCCUAAAAAUGCACACCUCGCCUUAUCCCACGGAUAUCCGUCUCCGGCGGAAAAGGUCAUGUGUGACCGACCUCAAGCAGUUGUCCCUUGGGCACUGCGGUCACACUUCCAGGUCACUAAGACCACCUCUAAUCCAAUUUCCUUUUCAGGUACCUUCAGAACAACCCUUCCACGGUGUAAGCAACCGGGAAGUGAUAACCGCCCUCAUACCUCUAACAGCACUCAAGACCACUGUAUUCAUAAUCAACCUUCGUCUUCACUUCCUAUUAUUCCUCCUACAUCGACUUUCACCUCUAAACUUCCUUUUUCGGCUUCCCCCUCAAGUGUCACCAUAGCCAACGGUUCUAGUGCUCAAAACACUGUCCCAGGUCUACUGAAACCUCGCUCCAAACUACACAUUGGAGCCUUCAACGUACGCACCCCAAGUCAAAUCGGUCAGCAGACUUCCUUGGCUAAAACCCUAGAAUCUCGUACCAUUGAUGUAUGCUGUGUCUCUGAAAGACUCAUACAGGAUCCCAGUGUGGUCAUUCACUUGACCUCACCUUGGCAACACGGAGAGCCAACGAGGUACACCCUCCGUGUAUCUGGUGACCCGACGGCCAGUUCUCGUGGACUGGCAGGAGUAGGGAUAGCACUAAGCAUGAGGGCGGAACAAGCACUGUUAGAGUGGAUCCCCGUUAACAGUCGUUUAUGUGCUGUUCGGUUAAACGGCUCCGUAAGAACUCGGAAGGAUAAGGACACACGUCGUUGCCUUUUUGUCGUUUCUGCCUACGCUCCCACCGACUGCAGCUCAGAUGAAGUGAAAGAUGACUUUUACAGAAAGCUAUCUGAACUUCUUUAGAAAGCUAAACGUUCAGACAUAGUAACCGUGGCAGGUGACUUUAAUCCCCAGAUAGGUAAUUUAAAUCAAACAGAAAGGCAUUUAGGUGGGUAUUUUAGCAUUCCGGCACAAUAAACAGAUAAUGUGGUGAUCGUCUGCUGCAAUUGUGCUCAGACAAUCGUUUAUUUUUAGCAAACACAAAUUUUAAGCAUAAGGAGAGACAUCGUCUAACAUGGCGACCCCUACACCAAAUCAACGAUGGACUCAAAUAGACCAUAUUGCCAUCAGUCAUCGUUGUAGAGGGUCGGUAGAAGAUUGUCGCUCAUUCUGGAGUACCUGCUUGGACUCCGACCAUGCCCUAAUACGGGCACGCAUCUGCUUGCGCCUCACUGGACGCAAAAAAGCCUCAGUGAAAAGACCCAUUAGAACUGAAUUGAGUAGCGAGAAAACCAAAAGUAGGUUCCAGGAACAACUGAGGUCACAAUUAGGUAGUUCUGAAAACGAGGUUGACCCAGAUGUUGCUUGGAAAGCUAUACAAACAGCUGUGGAAAUAGCAGUGACAUCUAUCAAUGAUUUAAACUACAGGGUUACAAAGAACCAAGGUCUAUUGCACUGAUGGAUUCUCGGAAACUCAUCCCAUCAGGCUCUGAACACGAUGAAGAGCGAAAACAAAUCAGAUCUAGGUUAACCAAAAGUCUAAGGAACGGCCGUGAGCAAUGGUGGACAACGAAAGCAAAAGAGAUGGAAAAGGCGGCGGCUAUAGGUAACACAAGACAGCUCUACAGACUAAUAAAAGAAACUGGAAUUAAUAAGUCAAGUGUAAGUCAGACUAUUUCGGAAAAAGACGAUACUCUCAUCUGCUCCCAGUCCAGACGUUUAGAACGAUGGGCGGAACAUUUCAGAGAACAGUUCAACUGGCCUUCAGCGACUCUACAACUACCCUCCAUUCCCAGACAGUGUGAAUGGAACAUUGAAGUAGGUCCCCCGACUCUAGCAGAAGUUCAAAAGGCUAUAGUUAAUCUGAAACGAGGAAUUGCAGCUGGUCCAAAUGGAUUGGCUCUAGAGGUCUUUAAGUAUGGUGGUCCAAUUUUAGCGAUUAGGUUGACUAAUAUUUCAGCUUAGAUCUGGGAGUUGGACGUUAUCCCAUCUGACUGGUCACAAUCACUUAUCGUCCCAAUAUAUAAGAGAGGGUUAAAAUUAUCCUGUGACAACCACAGAGGGAUUAGUUUAACAAAUAUAGUAUCUAAAAUACUAGCCUCGAUAAUUAUCAGACGCCUAACUAAGACUCGUGAACUGCAAACACAAGAGAAUCAAGCUGGCUUCAGACCUGGUUGUGGCUGCAUCGACCACACACUCACCAUUCGUCAGGUUUUAGAACACAGGCAUACUUAUCGGUGUCCGACAAUGGUGGUCUUUCUUUACUUAAAAGCAGCAUUUGACUCCGCAGACCGCGAGAUUCUGUGUCAGUGUCUGUCACUGAAAGGCGUACCUUGUGAAGGCUCUUUACUCGAACACUACCAGUCGAGUCAGAGCUUAUGGCGAACUGUCGUCUGCUUUUGCAACGUCAAGUGAUGUCCGUCAAGGCUGUCCACUUUCUCCAUUUUUGUUUAACUUCAUCAUAGACCUAUUGAUGGAAAUAACAUUCUCGUCGACUGAAUUCUCGGGUAUUGAUCUCUUACCAGGAGGUCCACUUAUCGACUUAGAAUACGCAGAAGACAUAAUCCUGUUUGAAGACGCUGAUAAAAUGCAGAGUCUUUUGGUAUCACUGAGCAACAAUGCCAGAAUGCUUGAAAUGCGCUUCUCUCCCUCUAAAUGCAAGUUGUUGCUUCAGGACUGGUCUGCGUCAACACCUGAACUAAGGAUAGGGAGUGAAGUAGUCGAACGCGUUGGCAACUUCACUUAUCUUGGAAGUCUGAUCAGCCCUAAUGGGUUGGUGUCUGACGAAAUCUCAGCACGGAUUCGAAAAGCUCGUUUGGCUUUUGCCAAAUUACGUCACCUAUGGCGAAGGCGAGAUAUCCGUCUUUCAAUUAAGGGAUGAGUAUACUGCGCGGCUGGUCGUUCUGUUUUACUUUACGGCUGCGAAACGUGGCCAUCAAUAGUAGAAGAUACUCGUAAGCUACUAGUAUUAGAUUACAAAUGUCUUAGGAAUACUGCUCACAUGUGCUAGGAUCACUGGGUAAGUAAUAGUGAGGUUAGACGUAGGAUAUUAGGGAAUGAUGGUAAAUCAGUUGAUGAGGUUGUAAAUCUUCAUUGAUUGAGAUGGUUGGGCCACAUGUUACGUAUGCCUGAACACCGAUCACCACGACGUGCAAUGCUAACCGGUGUUGGAGAUGGUUGGAAGAAAGUAAGGGGCGGCCAAACCAAAACGUGGUAUCAGUGCUUGAAGUCACUAACUUCUAGUCUGAGCCAUGUUGGUAGAUGCAGACUACUUGGUUGGGGUCCGCGUGACUAUCGUAACCAAUAGUUGGAGACUCUUGGUGACAUAGCUCAGAAUCGAUCACAAUGGCGUCGGUGUAUACACUCUCUGUCUUCCCUUAAACUAAGAGAUUAAAAUUGCUUCAUAUCUUUCUUUCUGCUAACUAAUUCUUUCUUCCUGUACUAUAUCCUUAUUGCAAUCUUUUCUUUAUAUAUUACCACCAUCGAAUUAACUACUUUUAUGAAUCCGGUGUCCAUAUUGUUGUGUUAACGAGGCAUGGCAACUUGAACCGAUGCAUAUAUGUGCCUGGUCCUACGUUGUAGCUGACUGACUGACUGACGCCACUCAAUCACAGGUAGUGCGAAACCGAAGCAAUGGGGAAACAAGUAAUUAAUUAGAACUCUGGAGCAUUAAAACAUACGACAAAGGUUUAUGGGUCGAAAAAACUCUUGCAAACUGGAGGGUGCAAAAAAUAUUUGAGCAGAACAGCAUGAAUUGACUGUAUGUUGUUUGUUUCUCUUUAGCUGCUUACAACCUGUAAUAUUUCAAAGAUCAGAUUACCGACAUUAAAGAGUUAAGUGGGAAAUUGCUCUGUUCACACAUUGGUAUAGCACAGUAAGGCUAUCAGUAAAUUUAAUAGAUUAAAUUACUUACUUACUUACGCCUGUUACUCCUCGUGAAGGAGCAUAGGCCGCUCACCAGCAUUCUCCAUCCAACCCUGUCCUGGGCAAUCCUUUCCAGCUCCUUCCAGUUCCUAUUCAUCCUUUUCAUAUCUGCUUCUAUUAUCCGACGUAAUGUGUUCUUAGGCCUUCCUCUUUUCCGCUUCCCUUCAGGAUUCCAAGUUAGGGCUUGUCUCGUGAUGCAGUUUGAUGAUUCGCGUAAUGUAUGUCCUAUCCAUUUCCAUCGUCUUUUCCUAAUUUCUUCUUCAGCUGGAAGCUGAUUUGUUCUCUCCCACAAAAGGAUGUUGCUGAUGGUAUCCGGCCAAUGGAUGUUGAGUAUUUUGCGAAGACAGCUAUUUAUAAAUACUUGUAUCUUCUUGAUGGUGGUUGUUGUAGUUCUCCAAGUUUCAGCUCCAUACAGUAGAACUGCCUUGACGUUGGUGUUGAAGAUUCUCACUUUGAUAUUGGUUGAAAGUUGUUUUGAGUUCCAUAUGUUCUUCAAUUGUAGGAAUGCGACCCUUGCUUUGCCAAUCCUCGCCUUUACGUCUGCAUCAGAUCCUCCUUGUUCAUCGAUGAUGCUUCCCAGAUAUGUGAAGGAUUCUACAUCUUCCAGAGUUUCGCCAUCAAGAGUGAUUGGAUUGCUGUUCUUCGCUUUGAAUUUGAGGACCUUGGUUUUCCCUUUGUGUAUGCUGAGGCCUACUGAUGCAGAGACUGCUGCUACACUAGCUGUCUUUGUCUGGAUCUGUUCGUGUGUAUGCGAUAGGAGGGCUAGGUCAUCUGCGAAGUCCAAAUCGUCUAAUUGAUUUUGAGCUGUCCAUUGUAUUCCGUGUUUCCCCUCAGAUGUCGAGGUCCUCAUAAUCCAGUCAACCACCAGAAGAAAAAGGAAGGGAGAGAGUUAACAGCCUUGUCUGACUCCGUCCUUACUUGGAAUGCAUCUGUCAGCUGUCCUCCAUGCACGACCUUGCAUUGUAGUCCGGCGUAUGAGUUCCGGAUAAUAUUGACAAUCUUCUCAGGAACUCCGUAGUGUCGAAGAAGUUUCCAUAAUGUCCUCCUAUCUACACUGUCAAAUGCCUUUUCAUAAUCAAUGAUGUUGAUGUACAGUGACGAGUUCCACUCAACUGAUUGUUCGACGAUGAUCCGUAGUGUCGCAAUUUGGUCUGUGCACGACCGAUCCUUACGGAAUCCAGCUUGUUGAUCUCGAAGUUGGGCGUCUACUGCAUUUUUCAUCCUGUUCAGCAACACUCUGUUGAAGACCUUCCCUGGUAUUGAUAGUAGUGUAAUGCCUCUGUAGUUUUCACAUUUGCUCAGAUCUCCUUUCUUUGGAAUCUUGACGAGGUGUCCUUCUUUCCAGUCCAUCGGCACUUGUUCCUCCUCCCAAAUCUUUUUGAAUAGAAGAUAAAGCAUGUUUGUAGUUCCUUCGAUGUCUGACUUCAGUGCUUCAGCUGGUAUGCUGUCCGGUCCCGCUGCUUCCCCGUUCUUGAUUUGUCUGACGGCCAUUCUGAUUUCUUCCUUCGUUGGUGGGUUGACGUCUAUGGGAAGAUCUGUGUGUGCCGCUUCGAUGUCCGGUGGAUUCAUUGUAGCCGGCCUAUUCAGGAGUUCCUCGAAGUAUUCUACACAUCUGUUCCGCUGUUGUUGAAUUUCAGUGAUUGGCUUGCCUUCUUUGUCUUUGACCGGUCUCUCUGGUUUACUGUAUUUCCCUGAUAGUUUCUUCGUUGUAUCGUGAAGCUGUUUCAUAUUUCCUUCUCUAGCAGCUUUUUCCGCCGUCGUUGCUAGUUCUUCCACGUAUUUCUUCCUGUCGGCUCUAAUGCUCCUCUUCACUUGCUUGUUUGCUUCUGUGUAUUCAGCUUGUGCUUGACUUUCUCUGCUCGUGUUCGGCUGUUGUUAAUUGCUGCCUUCUUGUUCUUCCUUUCUUUGAUCUUGUCCAGAGUUUCUAUAGAAAUCCACUCCUUAUGAUGGUGUUUCUUUAGGCCCAGAACCUCUUGACACGUUGAAGUUAAUGCUUCCUUGGUGCCUUUCCAGUUGUCCUCCAUACUAGUUUCUUCUUCCUUCAGUAGAUCUUGUAAGGCUUGGGACCUGUUGUUGAGAGCUAUCUUGAAUUCAUUGAGUUUGUCAGUAUCUCGAAGGAAGGCUGUAUUGAAGCUUUGUAGUGAUGUUUGUCCAGUUGUAAGUUCUUUUUUAGCUUCAGUUUUAAAUUGGCUACAACUAGGUGGUGAUCUGAAGCUAUGUCAGCACCUCUCCUGGUUCUCACACCUUCCAUUGUCCUUCGGAAUUUUUUAUUGAUGCGAAUAUGAUCUAUCUGGUUCUCUGUGGUGUGGUCCGGUGAGAUCAAUGUAGCUUUGUGUAUACGUUUGUGUAGAAAUAUUGUGCCCCCUAUGACCAAUUUAUUGAAUGCACACAGAUUUGCAAGUCUUUCUCCAUUUUCGUUUCUCUGUCCCAGUCCAUGUCGUCCCAUAAUAUCUUCAUAUCCGGUGUUGUCUAUUCCGACUUUGGCAUUUAGAUCUCCCAUCAGGAUGGUGAGGUCGUUUCUUGGGCAUUUCUCUAUGAUUGACUGCAGCCGCUCGUAGAACUGAUCUUUAAUGUCGUCGUUGCUAUCAUUGGUGGGUGCAUAACAUUGGAUAGUAUUCAUUAAAAUCCUCUCCUUUGUUUUGAAUGGUGCUUUGAUGAUUCUGGAUCCGUGAGAUUCCCAUCCUACAAGUGCAUUUCGUGCUACUUUGGACAGCAUUAGAGCGACUCCCUGAGUGUGGAGCAUUUUCACCUUCGUGACCGGAGUAUAGCAGCAUCUCUCCCGUAGCUAGCCUUUUCUGUCCGGCUUGGGUCCAGUGGGUUUCGCUGAUUCCCAGUAUUUCCAAAUGUAUCUCCUCAUUUCCGUUGCUAUUUGACUAGUCUUCUCGGUCUCCCACAUUGUUCGGACGUUCCAUGUACCUACAAAAAUUGUUGCUCUGGUUGUUAGAAGGGGCAUCGGCCUCGUGGCUUCCGAAGGAACUGGGCUUUCACCAUGAAGCGUCAUAAUUCUUCUAAAUGAAGACCUUCUAACUCCCAGGGCAGAGUUAAAAUGGUUUGAAUUAUUUUUUAUGGUUAGCGUUUUUUUAGCGAGUUAGUUUUCUACGAGAUGGGGACGCUAACCCCAUGCCCAACCCUCCUCCUUUACCCGGGCUUGGGACCGGCAGUAACUCUAGAAGAGCUACAGGCGGAGUUAAUAGAUUAAAUAGAAUAUCGUAAAUAUAUAUUUUAUGUGAAAGAACAUUCUACAACACUGAUAGUAACAAACGUUCAUUGGACUAGAAACAAGUGGUUACGUAAUGAAUAAACGCUGAUAAUAAGCAAGAAUAAAGUGGGUAAAGCUCAAUUUGUUACAAUAAGGUUACCAUCCUAGAAAUCGAAAUAAAAAGACGUGAUGAUAUCAUUAAUGGGGAAGAAAGAAUUGAAGAAAUCUCAUGAUGCAGUGAAAAAAAUGUCAUCAAGGUAAAGAAAGCAUAACAACCAUCUUUUUAACACAUACAUCAAGUUUCUGACGCCUGAUAGACACGGCUCCAGCAAAUUUCAUAGGACUAGGGCUUGGGUGUUUGUUAAUCGACCUAAAAGAUUAAAAAUUACCGACCUAAUGUCCUGUAUCCAGGAUAUGUUUAGUAAUUUGCCCUGUUUAAAGUACUUCUUUCUCUUGUUCAAGGGCUUUUUGGAACAUGUUUAGAAAAUCAAACUACACCCUGUUCGGCCAAUCCGGCUGCUUUGUCAAGUACAUACAAACUUAUAAACAUGGUUAGUGGUAAAAUGAAAGGGAUACUUGUCAAACUUUGAUCAGAUUAUUGAACAUGUUCUUUUAUACAAAAUUAAUAGUUGUAAGCAGCUGACGUGAAUCAAACAAAAUAAAAUGAAUUUAUGUUCUUACUUUCUUAAAGAUGAUAAAAUGAACCAUGUAUAUGAAACAGGAGAGUAUAAGAAUACAAACAUUCAAGGAUGUUUUACAUUAAAAAUAUAGGCAGUUAUUUCCUGUAUAAUGGGUACAAAAUUCAAUCUCCUCUAUAUGAUAAUCUAUAAACAACGGCAUUAUUAUUAUUAUCUCAGUAAAAUCUGAGAACCAUACAGUAAAUACUCCAUUUGCAAAAUGACCAUCAAUCGUCUCCGACUUACUUGUUCCUUCUUUUCCAUAUCAGUCACUCUCUGUUCUCGUUCUCUUCCCUUCAAUCUUCUCAACCUUCUGCCUCCAGCCAUUCCACUUUCGAUUGGUGAUACAUACUACUUAUAUGUGUCGACAUCAGUAGCGCACACCACACUGUAUAUUGUUUAUCAUUAGCUAGAAUAGUGAAUGUUACUUCAUUGACUAUUUUAUAUGUAUAUAGGUUUACGAUAUCAAAUAUCACGACGAAUGCAUUUUUAACUUUUGGAAUUGUGAAGAUCUACAAAAUCAAAUAAAUAUUGAAAGUUACUUGUACUGGUUGAUUUAUUUUAUACAGCAGUGGGUUUUAAAUGAACAAAUUUGAUUGCUACUAGGUAUCCUUCCUGCUAAGUAUUGUGAUAGCGGAAAAUAUAAUAACCACUACAAUGUUUCUGCUUAAAGCUUACAGUAUUUAGAUGUCUUUUUAAAAUAGGUGAAUACAUUGUACGACUGAUUUACGUAAAUAGCCUAAAGUAAUCUGAAAUGGGAAAUGCUACUGCGGUAUUUUACAGCUGAAAGAAUAAGUGACCCGCCUCAUGUUUGAAAACGUCAUCAAAUCAAGCAUUGAAUAUGAUUUAGAAACAGGUGAAUGGAUAUUUGAAGCAGAGAUCUCUCAGUAACAAUCCUAUAGUAUUUUCCUCUGCCCUACUUGUGCUAUUUUAACCAUAGCCUUGCAUCCUAAGCCUUAACCAGUGAUACGCCUCGACUGGUACAAUUGACCUUGAAUUGAUUCCAGAAUAAUGUUAACUGUUAUUGGUCCUUUUGUAUAUUUGCCUUCUAUCUCCAGUUGAGUCCAAAUAAAAAAACGGAGCAGGCAAGCUUCUAUUACUAUAUUCUAACCACCUAGUAUAUAUAUGAAUUAUCGAACCGCAACAGAUCCCAUAUAUGUGAUCAUAUUUUACACAAUCAUCAUACAAGUGACAGAAUAUAACAAACGACACAUAAUUAUUUGAAAAUGACUAAGGAAUAAUAAUCCGUAUAACAAUAGUUUAUAUAGCCAACGGAAGCUUACAACACAGCGAUUGUAGAGAUAUAAUAGUCCAAUUAUGUAAUAAUUAUAUAGUAGAAGCAUAAACAAUAAUAAUCCGUAAAAUAGUUCCAAAAUUUCCAGCUUCCUCAAUGCUUACCCCGAUACAACAGAAUAACUGUGUUCUAUACUGUUUUUUUAUCUACUUAAGUUUAAGCAACUGCUUAGUAUUUUAUAACUCUUGUACAUGAGCCGUAUACUUGAUUUACUCAUAACUAUUAUUAAAAGCGUUCUCUUACAGUUUACUUCUAGCAACAUUAUCUGUUCCAUUGAUUUAUUUUGCACCGUACUUUAAAAUUUCAAAUCAAAUCCAUUCAAUCAUUCGUAAUAAUCAUACAUUAGAAGAGUCAGCUCCCAUCCUUGAAUCAACUACAACUCAUACAUCAUUCUCAUGGCUUUUCUAUGGUAUCAUGAUUUGUCAUUUGGCUAUUUAUUCAGUAUUCUCUACUGUGAUGUUUAUUACUCAAGUAUCAUUUCAUGCAAAAAUAAGUGAUCCAGCUGUAGGUGGAACUUAUAUGACGUUGUUAAAUACUGCGGCUAACUUAGGUUAGUUUAUUAAUACUUUUAAGUCUGUUUUUUCCUCAAUAAUCCAUUAAAUCAUGAUAAUUGCAAUAUUUUUUCUACAAAUAUCCUUUCAUAUUGUUCAGAAUGUCUGCAUGACUUUUACUGGGUUGGAAUAAAAUGGAAAGAUCGAUAUUACUACUGUUUUCAUUUAUGUAUAUGAUUAUGGCUUAGUCCUGUGAAGACUGCUACUAAUUUAUUGGUUUGAAUCUAUUUCUACUCUUUUUAGUUUGAGCUGUUGGGUUGUAUUUUUUACUCUUCCUGAAUGAUUACAGGUUGUUUUAGAUCACGAGUUAACUUUAGACAGACAAAUAAUGAAUAUCAGAAAGCACUAGAAAGCUAUAUCAUCCUACUGUAGGACUCAGUAGCAAAGUAUUUUGAUGAUCCAUAUAUGAGAACGUUUUCAAGGUCCGUUAUGUCUUAAUUUAGUAUUUUAUGAAUUUUUAGUGGAUUACAGAAGCCCCUUAUUUGUAAUAAUUAGGAUUGAGAUUCUUUCUGAGCGGAGAACGUUUAUGCCUUAUUCAAAUACUACUUAGUCGAUAAAUCUAUCAAUUUUGUAACUUUUUUGUUUUCAUAUAAAUAUACACAUGUGAAUAUGUCUCUUAAGAUUACUUAUACCAGUAAAUAUUAUAGUGCUUUGACGAUCUACGAAGGCGAUUGUGUCUGCCUAAGUCAGUCUGAAUAGUCAGUUUUGACUCCUUCAUUCAUCUGCUUGUAUAUUUCAUGGCUUAGUAGACGAAUAAUUCUCAGAGAUAUCCUUAGUAUGUAUAUUAAGUCAUUCAUGUUACACCAACUAAUCUUCACUAUAGAUCUUAUCCAUACUAUUCUCUACUAAAUAAAACACUUGUCGUUAACUGUUUUCAAUUCAUAGCUACAAGUUUGCCGAAUACUCUCUUUUUAUCACUCGUCGAACCACUUACUCUACGAAAAUGCUCUGGAGCUGAUUUACUAAAAGCUGGGUUAUUAUCUUUACGAACUAAUUCUAUUCAAUCUGUUAAUACAAUGAAUAUAACUCAUCCUAUACAAUAUUCAAAAGAUGAGAUUUAUAGAAAUGGACAGUUAUGGUUGGCUAAUAAUGCUACCUGUGAGAAUUCUAAAACUAUUCAGGCUUGUCUUGAUAUCGGUGGAACAUGUUCAAAAUUACUGGACGGCUUUUACGUUGAAGUUGGAUUAUGUUUGCUUUUCGGAUUGGUUACAUUCCCAACAAUAGUACUUCCUUAUGCUAAUCAUCUUGACACUCAACCUAAUGAAGCGUUUACUUUUCGUCCUUCAUCAUCACUAGCCAGACACCAAAGUAGAAGUGAUAAUAAUGAGACAAAAAAAACUAGAAAGGAUUGAAAAAAAGUUUCGGAACUAAAGUAUAAUCUUGACGAAUAUUCGUAUAAAGUAUAAUUUGUUUACCGUUUUGUGAAUAUAAUUCCCAUGUUGCACUGUCUCCUUGUUUGUUAUUUUGCCCAUUCUUGUUAUAUACAUUUAUGUGGAUGUUAUUCUACUUUUCACUUUCUAUGUGAAUGUUUUUCCACGAAAAAUUCAUCGCUGUGAAUUCGCUUCUCUCUGAGAUGUAGAUUUAUAACUCAUAUACACACGCACGCAUACUCACAUGUAUGUCCUAUCCUGCCCUUUCUACAUAAUGACACUGACGUCGAUACUGGUAGUGUGAUAUUUAAUUAGGCAUAAAAUGUUGAAGUUCAUUAUUACAUCUUAAUUAUUUUGUGUUAUGUGUAUACAGAAAUGUAAUUUUAAAUUUCACGUUGUAGAUUGUUAUUUAUUUCAUAAUAUUACUUCUAUUAUUUUUGGUAUUUACAUGUGUAAAUUCUUUAUACGUGGGCGUUGAUAACCGAAUGGAAAAAAAUAAAUUAUACAAAAAAUCCGUUCAUUUUCAUUUGCUUAGUAUCAUUUCAAUUUUAAUUUAUUGAAUUAGCAACAUACAAGCACGAAAAAGUAUUAUUGUACAUUAAUAUAAUUUCACAGAAAGUUUAUAGGGGGGGGUUACAUUACAAACUAAGUUUAGUUAGCCGAUCAUGGGAAAUCAAAACUCACUAGUCAUAUAGUUCUUUCUAGUAUUAUUAUUAUUCCACUUAAAUUACAUAACUUCUCUUAGACAAUUCAUACGCGAGCAUUGUUUAUAUUUAACAGAAGCAUAUGCGGUCUGUCAUGUUCUUUUUUUAUUUCGAAAACGGAAAAGGGUGGAGAAAUCCUUCCAUGAUAAUGUUCAUGUCGAUUCAUUUUCAGUCGGUCCUGAUAAACACGUCUUUAAGUUAUCCUAUGCUUUAUUCUCAGCUCACGAAAAUUAGUCACUUUCUCUUAGUUUUAAUUUUUCUGUCUCCAUAAUACAAAUGUCUGAAUUGGUAGUAGAUUCCU